CAUAGCUAAAAGACAUUUGAAUUAAAUAACUCCACAAACCUUUAUCCUUUUCCAAAAACAAAUUGUUUGAAAACUUAUGUUAAAUUAUGUUAAACAAAAAGAAAAACAUCGAACAUGACAUCUUUGAACCGGAUCGCAGUAAAUGCCAUGCGCCGCAGUUUUCCCGAGCAAACAAACAAACCACCUUUCACCGAAUUGCAUUCUCGAUUUGACAGUUACAAUACCUCCGCUCCCCACAUACACACACACACACACACGCACGGGUGGGGCGGUGGAAAAUUCUUCGUUAACUUUUCUUCGUCCCAUAACAUCGUACAGUGAGCAGCAGAAGGAAUCACAGUCACUAGAAGAACGUGCUCGUGCUCGGGCAGUGUGAGUGUUGUGCUCGCGCUGGGAAAACUCAUAGUUGCUUGGGAAAAUUCAACUUAUUUUUUUGCUUUCGCGUAUGGUUCGCGGCUGGUGUGGUGCGUACCGUGAUCACCGUCCAGUGAGCUCAUUUUCCGGCCAGACCAUCGUCACGGAUCCGUCACGGUGUCGUUCGUGAUGAGGUGCAGCUAGCUAGCACUAUUUUUGCUUUGCCUAGUGCUUCGGUAGAGCUAGUUUGUUGGGGGGUUUUCCCUUCGUGUGUUGUGGUGGAAAGUGUUGUGGAAAACGUAGUGAUAGGUGCAAAAUAGCUGAUCAUAGGUGUUAGCACAGGCUGUGCGGAAGGCAAAUUUAGUUCGCGAGGAUGAGACUUCCCAUCGUGGCUGGCAUGCCCAGCAGGAAGUUUCUGCUCGGCAGCAUCGUUUUCCUUUUAUGGAUAAAAUUACCCAACCAACCUGUCGGCGCUUCAGCCGCUACGGAAAUCAUGGAAAAAUGGGCCGAUAACUUCGGUGAAGAGCUCUGGGAUCUAGCACAAAGGAUGACAAAAGCGAUGGAAAUUACGGCGAAAUACAAAGCCUACAAUGCCCGAGUAGAGCACAAGGACGGUACGGCAUUGAUACAAUCGAUUGUAGAAAAUGUUGGCCGCAUGUUCAUUCGCAAGAUGGACGCCAUUAAGUGCAUUAUCAAUCUGGCCGAGGAGUUGUCCGAACAGUUCGAGUACAAUGAAACGCUGGCGGACAACUUUUCCUACUAUUCCAGCAAAUACUCGAAUAUUGAUGGACGUCCAGAACCUGAGCUGCCGGAGACUUUACAAGAAAAUGCAUGGAUGUAUCGAAACAUGUCGCUCAAUCCGGACACACACUUCUUCAACAUAUCGGUCAACACGUCGUACAGCUCGGUCCAUGUACCGCAGAACGUGUACGACCGUUACCCAUGGGUAUUGGAAGCGCUCCAAUGGUCCGAAUCGUUGGACGAUGUGUUUCUGCAGAACUACAACUCCGAUCCGGCACUUUCAUGGCAGUACUUCGGCUCAUACACAGGGAUGCUGCGACACUAUCCCGCGCUGGAAUGGAACCGUGAGCACGUGGACACGUUCGAUUGCCGCAAGCGUUCUUGGUACAUCGAAACGGCAACCUGCUCGAAAGAUAUCGUUAUUCUGCUGGAUAAUUCCGGUUCAAUGACGGGCUACCGUAACUAUAUUGCACAGUUGACGGUGAAAAGCAUUCUCGACACAUUUUCCAACAAUGAUUUUAUAAACAUUUACAAAUACUCGAACGAUGUGGAACCGUUAGUACCUUGCUUUAAGGACAUGUUAGUACAGGCGACUCCGGAAAAUAUGCGUUUCUUCAACGAAUACGUACGUGAGCUUCUACCGGAAGGGUAUGCUAAUGUAAAGAAGGCUUUCGUAGCCGCUUUUGAGCUUUUACAGAAGUAUCGCGAGAUACGUCGGUGUAACGAAUCAGUGAGUGGUUGCAAUCAAGCGAUCAUGCUUAUUACCGACGGUGUGCCCAGCAACAUUACGGAGGUGUUCGAGGCGUACAAUUGGUUUGAGAAUGGUACGAAAAUCCCGGUGCGUGUGUUCACCUAUUUGCUGGGUCGCGAAGUCACCAAGGUGCGUGAAAUCCAAUGGAUGGCUUGUCUGAAUCGUGGCUACUACUCACACAUUCAAUCGUUGGACGAGGUGCAAGAGGAGGUACUGAAGUACGUAACCGUGAUCGCAACACCGCUAGUAUUGCAGGGUGUAGAACAUCCGCCAACAUGGACGCAUGCAUUCACCGACACAGCAGAAAACCUACUAACGGAAGCGGACGAUGAUGAACCACCGCGACUGAUGAUAGCUGUCGGAGCACCCGCAUUCGAUCGGAAAGCUAAUCACUACAAUGAAACACGAACCGCACGCCUGCUAGGGGUGGCCGGAACGGACAUCCCGGUAGAGGAUCUCGAUGAGUUGACGCUACCCUACAAACUCGGCGUCAACGGAUACUCGUUUAUCGUCAGCAACAACGGUUAUGUGCUGAUGCAUCCGGAUCUAAGGCCCGUUUCAAAUGGGCGCUUGAAAGAGAACUACAACAGUAUCGAUCUGACGGAAAUUGAACAGAUCUACGAUGAGAACAUUACGCGUCAGGUAGAGGACAUGACCGGACGUGAGAUGAGUCCAUUCAUAUUGGAAUUGCGUCAGCAUCUCGUAGAUUCGCAGUUCGGUAACAUGACGAAGUUACCGGUACGGUUUCACUAUGAUAAGAUGCGACGAGUGUCGCUCGAGUAUCAGGAUUACUACUUUGCACCGCUGGAGAACACCCCAUUCUCACUCGGACUGGUACUGCCGAACGACUACGGCAGCACCUGGAUCAAGGUGGGUGACGAGAUCAAGCGCAACCAGCACAUGGGAUUGAACAUCUCCGAUUUCUUCAUGGGUGACAACUGGAAGGUACACCCGGACUGGGUUUACUGCAAGUACCACUACCUGGAAGGACAUGAAUUUAAAACGCCCGAGGAUGAGCUACGCCAUUUCCUGAACCGAUUGUACGAAUCUACGUGGAAGUGGUCGCAACAGUACGAACCCGAAGGUCCUGAAGAGAAGGGCUCCGAUGGACCGAACUGUGGCCGUAAAACAUUAGACGACGAUGCGUAUUACUGCAACAAGGAGCUGGUACAGCUGCUGAUCUUCGAUGCGAAGGUCACAAACAACAGCUACCGUAACUGGGAGUUUGAGAGUGAAAACGAACGAAAGAUCAUCGAGAUGUAUAACGCGACGUUACGGUUUGUGGCGACGAUGAGUGGACUUACCCGGUGGCAGUUCAUUUUCGGCGAGGUAGAAGUCGACACGGAUAGUGAGUUUGGUGACUAUCACAAGAAAGCGAUCGACGAAACGUGGUACCGUAGUGCGAUCUUGCAGCACAAGAUCGAUCCGAAAAGUUUCGUGUACUCGGUACCGCACGAAUCUGACCCACCGGAAGAUGGUGAGCUGAAGGUGACGGCAACGAUGGCAAUCUUCCCACGGGAUGGUGGCCUGGAAGCGCCUGGCUGCGUGACUGGAUUUCAAUUUACACACUCACUGAUGUACGAUCGAUUUAUGGAGAUCACUUCUAAAAAGACGUGCGAUGAUUGUAUAGAGACGUGUGCAUCGGAAUCUCGAGACUGCUACGUGAUCGACCACAACGGUUACGUGGUAUUGUCGGAAACGUCCAACCAUACUGGCCGAUUCUUUGGUGAAAUUGAAGGUGCUAUCAUGCAGUCGAUGGUCGACAAGGAAAUCUUUACCAUGAUCACCGUGUUCGAUCUUCAGGGUUUGUGCGAAUACGAGCGUGUAGUAGAAAAUGACGCCAUAGCGUUAAUGCAUCCCAUGCGAGUCCUGAUGCUUGGCCUAAAGUGGUUUAUUGCGGAAGUUGCAAUUAUGUUAUCCCGGUUCGACUUUUGGGUACAUGGUAUUCCCAGUCCCGACUACUUUGGACACGAGUACGAUGAUUAUGAUGAUACGCGCCCAUCCAAACCGAAAAAGAUACACGUCGAUGAGGAGGAGGAAUACUUUAACCGACCGAAAGAAAUUAAGAAGGAGAUCGUAUACGAACCGUGUGAUAAGAAAUCAAACCUGUACGUGAUGCAGCAGGAUAAGUUUAUCAAGGGAGAAGGAUUUUUCUAUGAACCACCACCACCACCAAUGGAGGAGCUUCUCUUUCAACCUUACUUUGCGAAACGUAUUCCCCGAUCGAAUUUGUUGAUGAUCAUCGUGGAGAACGAAUACAAAGUAGAUAGAGUGGUGCUGUCCGCCCAGCCCGAGGUGAUCUCCCAUAACGAAUCGGAAGCGUUACCUUGCGUAAAAACCAAACUAAACUUCCUUCCCCGCCGACGUUUAGAGGAAUGUUAUACCGAGCAUCCGGAUGAAGAACUUGUUGCCCAGUGUGGCAGUGGAUCCCGCCUAACAAUUCAACUGACUGUAGUGAUAUCGACUAUUGUGUCACUGUUGUUAUAUCGAUGUGCCCAAAACGCUAAUCCAAUUUUAAUGUAGAUUCGAUUAGAAAUACUAGUAUCGGUUUUGUAUCGAACAGUGCGUAUGCCAUACGUGGACAGGGUAGCCCAUCCCACUUGAUCUAGAGUCUAGAGUCUAGAUUACCCUUUCCUUGGUAACAACACAAAACAAGACUUUGAUUACGAGUGUGUGCACCUCGCGUGAUGUUUGUGAUUAUUUUUAAGCUGUUCAAAAAUACGCAACACGAUUGUAACACAUAAUUAUAAAUAUUUAAACAAAAAAAAAAAUCACACACACACAAACAUGGAGGAAGACAGGAAAAAAUGGUUCUUAUUCACAUGCACAUGAUAACGCACACUCUAGUGAAGGAAGCUAAUUGAAGACACAUUUUUUGUAAGAAAAUGAACAAGCAUGGAAAAGGGUAAGGCGAACAGCACGUGUUAACCUGUGAGACUUACAACGUAAUCUUGGCACUGGACGUAUAUGGACCACAAACACACACACACACACAUACCUUCCAAAGACUUUGUGCGUGCACUAUACCCGGGUAUCGGCAUACUACCGCGCAUGGGGCCUCUUGCCUCGGUACACUUUCUUAUUGUACAACCGUUUUUACUGUACACACACGUAACGCCAUCCACCUUUUGUCCAUCCAUCCAGCGAUAGUAUAUGGGAGUGAUUUAUAUGCAAACAAACAAACCAGGGACAGUUAUUAGACGUUUGAAUGCUCUUAACUAUGGGUGGUAGGUGCCUAUAACUUUGUUUAAAUCACUUUAGGAAUCUUUGAGGGAUUAUGAUAAGAUGGCUAACAGUUCUUGUAGGCCAUAUCGGUCAAAAGAUCUUUGAUGCGAAGGCUUUAUAAUCGUUUUUUGUUUAGUUUUAACUUACUGUGGACGUCUCACAAUCACCCAAAAACCUCUAGUCAAUCAACCGUGUACAAUCUGUAAGAGAGCAAACCAAUUCCCGAUACAAUCUUUAUAAAACACACUCUGUGUUCUCUCCCUACCAAAUGCCAAAGUACGGUGUAAGUUUACGUUGGUAUUUAAAAAAAAAGACAUGCAUUCAACCCAGACAGGAUAUGAACAAUCGGUAUUGAUAAUAAAAUCAAACUCAAUAUACAAAUUAGCGUCAGUACUCGGUACAGAAUCGCCCCAAACCAACCUCUCUUAAUAUUGAAUUAAGCAAUAGAUAAAAACAUCAAGAGCAAAAAACAUAAUGUCCCACAAACGGUAAUCUUCAACAAGAGUUAGUGUAGCGUUCAGAUUAAAUCAUUGCAGUGUGAGAAUUUGAUUUGCACUAUGGCACAAUCAGUUGGAAAGUAAUUUUGAAUUAGUUGAAUGAGCUUAAGUGACACGUGUUCGGCGAGUGUUGCAAUGAAUUCUAAUUUUCCUUUCCUUACUUCACAGGAAAAAGGAAACAAGACAUACCUUGUAGAUAGUGGAAAAACAAAAGAAACUAGUAAAUGAAACAAUAAUACUCUAACAUACACAAUGGAGUAUCGAUUGGACACAUUGGCAAGUUGGUAUGUUUGUGUAAUAGAACUAUUUAGUCCAAUGUUUGUACCGGAAAGGGGUACAAUAAACGUACUAAAAAUGCCUAACCAAUGUGGGGGAGGGGUGGGAGAGUGAGGAGUUUUUAGUGAUAAUUAAACUAAUGGAUGGCUUUAUUUAUGCUCUCCGUGUGGUACACGAGUGGUGAUGUUGUUCCAUCGUAGCGUUUGUUAGUUUUCUGUUUUGUGUCGGCAAACUGUGAGAAUAAAUUCUUUGUUAAGUUUCCUGUAAA